AGUACAAAUCUUUUUUUAACAAAUAGUGUUCAAAUCACCAACCAUUCGUAUUCUUUCCAACCAGCACUGCAUGUAUUUUUUAUCAAGACGUCAAGUUUACCUCUCACUCGUGUUCCCUUCAAAUUUGUUUAUCAAAGCUUGACAGUCUAUUUGUCAAAAUAUAAAAUUCAUCUUUCAUUUGUACUCUCUCUCUCGAAUACUAUACAAAUUCUUAGGGAUUUUUUCAUACCAUUUCAAUAACUCUUUAGAGCUCACUAGGGAUCAAGAUAAUAAUUUGUACAGUAUAUAUAUAUAUAGAUAUCCGAAUUAAAGAUUAAUAAAGAAAACAGGAGAAAAAGGGGGGUAAAAAAAAAAGGCAUCCAUCUUCCAUUCAGUGCUUACUGAGCAGAAGAAGAGGAUGAAUACGAUCGCUUACUUGGCCCCAAAUCCGACAUUUCCAUCUUCCACUGACUUUCGCUCUCUCUGUCACUGCACCCUCAAAACUAACCAUCCGAACUAUCGGCACCCGCUCGUUUCUCUCACCGGCAACAUAUUUCCUAUCCUCCAAUCCCCUCGUUUUCUCCGCCCAAUCAGCGCCGCAACCGAAGCCAUGGAAACCGACCAGGUUGGGAGCAUAACCACCAGUCAGGAUCCCAACUCGACGAUGAAGCUCUUGUUCGUCGAGAUGGGAGUUGGUUAUGAUCAACAUGGGCAAGAUGUUACAGCUGCAGCGAUGCGGGCUUGCAGGGACGCUAUCUCGUCCAAUUCAAUUCCUGCAUUCAGGAGAGGUUCCAUACCUGGCGUUACAUUUGAACAAAUGAAACUGCACAUCAAGCUUGGAGUCCCUAAUUCUCUCCAGCACUCGUUGGAUAUUGAAAGAAUCAAGUCUGUCUUUCCUUAUGGGAAGAUUCUCAAUGUUGAAGUUGUGGAUGGAGGACUGAUUUGCUCAAGUGGUGUGUAUGUGGAAGAAAUGGGAGACAAAAAUGAUGACUGUUACGUAGUCAAUGCUGCAGUAUAUGUUGGUUACUAGUUUCCUAUCAUCCUUGUUUUUCCUUGAGUUUCCAAGGUAGGUGUUUGUUCCUGAUGUCCAUUUUGUGAUCCAUGUAUAGCAAAUACUUCUAAUCUAAAUAUAUUCUUCCAUGAAACAGUUAAUUCCUGUGACCUU